GCCAUUACGACCUUGUCCAUCAAAAUCUGGCAAGAUUUUGACGUAGAAAAAAAUUCAUAAACGUCAAAAUCAACAAUGAAAUAAAUUAAAAUAGAUUGUGUCUUAAAACCUCGGAAUUCUAAAGUAUUGUUUGAAUCAUGUACAAAGUUUAAUUUAUUCAAAGAUUUCUGUGAAAUAUAACCAAUAUGAAUACGGAUGGCCAAUCUGACCAUGUGGAGGGUAAUUUCCAAACACUCAAAGACCAUAUUACAAAAUUAUCCAAUAACCAAAACAAUAUUUUAACAAAAUUCGAAGUUCUCAAUCAGAAUAUGGAGGAAUUACGAAGUAUCAUGUCUGAAUUUUCUGAGAAAAUAACUUCAUUGGAGGAGAAAUCUACAGAUAAAAGGAAUAUAAAAAGCGAUGUAUGUGUUCUGAAGAAGCGUAUUGACGAGCUCUACGCUAUCGUAAAAGAGGGAAAGGAGGAUAUUUCUUGUCCCAGUGAUGACGUCCAAGACGUCGAGUCAUGUCAUUCUGAGGUUUCCACCUCCUCAAAGGUCGCCAUGACAACCGGCCUA